AUGUUAUCAUUUUCAUUCUCUGUGAUCGGAAUCACUAACAUUGCCGCAAGAUCUCAUGUCACUCUUAUCAAUUUCGUAUUGAUUAAAGGAACAGAGUGGGUGGGCAAAAUGACGGGGCACCAUUGUUUGGCUUGUACCCCCGGACAAAUGAGUGCUGACGGAUCGUGGAAUAUUCAUUAUCUUCCGUUGAAGUUGCAACACCCAGUCCCAUCUGACAUCGCCAUAUCUCGAAGUCAAAAUCCAAAGGAUAUCGAGCAGCUUGCACAUGAAAUUGGCAUCUUGCCGGAGGAGUUGGAUCCUUAUGGCAGGAAGAAGGCUAAGGUUUCUCUAAACGUGUUGCAGAGACUGAAAAAUGUGAGGGAUGGGAAGUAUGUUGUAGUGGCUGGCAUCACACCCACUCCAUUAGGAGAAGGAAAAUCCACAACUGUGCUUGGUCUCGUUCAAGCGCUAGGAGCCAAGCUCCGCAAGAACGUGUUCGCAUGCGUUCGUCAACCCUCGCAGGGUCCUACAUUCGGUAUCAAAGGCGGAGCUGCUGGUGGAGGCUACGCACAGGUAAUUCCAAUGGAAGAGUUUAAUCUUCAUUUGACUGGUGAUAUACACGCCAUUACCGCUGCCAAUAAUCUUCUGGCGGCUGCCAUCGAUGCCCGAAUGUUCCACGAAUCCACCCAGAAAGAUGAUGCUUUGUUCAAUCGUCUGUGCCCAGCCAACAAACAAGGGAUACGCCCGCUUUCGGCCGUACAGAAGCGUCGUCUUGUCCGAAUGGGACUUCCAAACAUUGAAGAUGCUAACCAGUUAACUCCAGAACAACGUGUAAAGUUUAGUCGACUUAACAUUGACCCUAACACAAUUACUUGGAAUCGUGUGAUUGAUACCAACGAUCGUUUUCUUCGAGGGAUCGAGAUCGGCCUUGGUCCUAGCGAGAAGGGACAUACCAGAAAAACACAGUUUGACAUUGCCGUUGCUAGUGAGAUCAUGGCUAUCCUUGCCCUCACCACGUCCCUAGCUGAUAUGCGAGAGCGUGUGGCCAGAAUAGUCAUUGGUUCGGACACGGAGGGUAACCCCGUGACUGCUGACGACCUUGGAGUGACAGAUGCGCUGACGGUUCUAAUGCGCGACACCGUACGCCCGAAUUUGAUGCAAUCUCUGGAAGGGACACCAGUGUUCGUACAUGCUGGACCAUUUGCUAAUAUCGCACAUGGACAAAGUAGCAUACUUGCGGACAGGGUGGCACUCAAGCUUGUUGGUGAGGACGGUUACGUGAUUACUGAGGCGGGAUUUGGUGCAGACAUUGGUAUGGAGAAGUUUUUCGACAUUAAAUGCAGAUAUUCUGGUUUGAAGCCUUCGGCAGCUGUGAUAGUUGCCACCGUGAGAGCUUUGAAAAUGCAUGGCGGCGGCCCACCGGUGAUUGCCGGGGCUCCACUAAAACACGAAUACUUGGACGAAAACUUAGAGCUGGUUGCAGGAGGAUGUGAUUCAAAUCUCAGGAAGCAGAUUGAAAAUGCGAACAAGUUCGGCAUUCCAGUGCUUGUUUGCGUCAAUAAGUUUGCGACAGAUACAGGCAAAGAGUUGGAUAUGGUCAUAGACAAGUCUCUGUCUCAUGGUGCUGCAAAAGCGGUGGUAUCAUCGCACUGGUCUUAUGGAAGCGACGGAGCAGUACAGCUCGCCCAAGCUUUAGUGGACAUAACAUCUGGGCCGAAGCCAGACUUCAGAUUCCUCUACCCGCUGGACCUAUCCCUGAAAGAAAAAAUAGCUACUAUUGCUCGCGAGAUCUACGGAGCAGACGGAAUCGAGCUAUCCGAUGAAGCGCAGGAUAAAAUAGAGCGGUACACACGGCAAGGGUUCGGAAAGUUACCCAUCUGCAUGGCAAAAACCCAUCUAUCGCUUUCGCAUGACCCCACGAAAAAGGGAGCCCCAACAGGUUUUACUCUGCCAAUACGUGACGUUCGGGCUUCAGUUGGUGCUGGUUUCAUAUAUCCGCUUGUCGGUGAGAUGACUACAAUGCCAGGACUCAGCACUCGACCUUGUUUUUUCGACAUCACCAUUGAUCCAGAAACGGAACAAAUUGAUGGGCUAUUCUGAGCACACGUUCAAUGAGUUUCAGCAUGGUUUCUAACCUUAUUAUCUAUUUGUGUAGAAAUUUGGGCUGAUUCUACUCAGCUGGCUUCAUAUUGGAGCUUUUAUAUCUAGUUCAUGUAGUUGCCAAUGUAUUUCAUUAUUUUCAGUGGUCUGAUACAGUAUUACUACUAGUUGGUUGUAAUUACGAAUUCUUCCACUAGACAAGACAUCAAUGCAAUUUUUCGAUAUCUCGAGGUACAGC